AUGUCUGUUCUCCGACCUGCAUCUUCAGUACUGCUCCGCAGCUCGCGGUCCAUAUUCUCAAGACAGUUGAGGACAUUCUCAAGCAUCCCACAAGUUACAGCACGCAGUGGGCAUUCGAGAAUCAAGCCUUCAUCCACACGGUUCUAUUCUACUGACACCCCAAGGUCUAAAUUCUACUCCUUUGCUGAAGUCCAGAACCUUUCCAAAAACCCCAGAUCAUCAGUGACACUGAUCGAUACGCGCGAGCCGUCUGAAGUCCAAUCUACGGGCACGAUACCUACGUCCGUCAACAUCCCAGUGACAUCAUCACCGGAUGCGUUCUUCAUCACACCCGAAGAAUUCGAAGAAAGAUUUGGCUUUGAACGACCUGAGAAGGAAGACGAGGUAGUGUUUUAUUGUAAAGCUGGAGUUAGGAGUCGUGCUGCCGCAGAGUUGGCAAGACAGGCAGGAUGGAGAACUGUCAGCGAAUAUCCUGGAUCUUGGAUGGAUUGGGAAAAGAAUAGUGGUGCCAGAGAAGGAGGAAAGUCGCAAUGA